UUUGGUUCCACAUCCUCUCCCCAGUUUCAAGAUGGCAGCCAUGAGGCUAUGAAGAAGCGACAAAUAUUUAUGGAAUAAAUAAUGAGAACGGAUGCUAGGUAGCAGCUGUUAGACACAUAUGCUUGUGAUAUGACUGGUGUCAUUAUUGCAAGUGUGUUGUUUCGAGAGUGAAAUUUACAAGGAAAAAUACGUUGCAUAUCGGUAUGCUGUUUUGCUAAGUUAGCGCUAGCUAGCUAAACACAUGAAUUCUGGGGACGACCACAUCUGAUUCGCCAGCUGUCAGCUAAGCAAGUAUAUUGAGCUGCACGCUCAGCUUCACCAUGGCCAUCUCUCAGUUUCGCCUUUUCAAGAUUUGCACAUGGCUUUCAACCUUCCUUUCAUUCUUCAGAAGGUUAAUAUGCAGAUCUGGGAGGUUGCGUAAGCUAAGUGGGGAUCAGAUAUCUCUUCCAACGACGGUUGAUUUUUCAUCAGUACCCAAACCGGCAGAAAUUGAAGAAUGGAGCUCGUGGGAUGAAGAUGGUCCCACAAGUAUCAAGAUUGAGGGCGGUAAUGGCAAUGUGCCACCACAGCCCGGCGAGGAAGUGGAACCAGACUACUUCAAAGACAUGGCUCCCACCAUCAGGAAAACACAGAAAAUUGUACUGAAGAAGAGGGAGCCACUCAACUACUUGGUACCCGAUGGCAGUGCGGGCUUCUCCAGCAGACUGGCAGCCACUCAGGACACCUCCUUCAUUCAGCCAUCUUCUGAGCUUGGAGACAUGGAUACCUGGCAUGAGGACGCCAACGCCUGGGAGGAUGAGUCAUCAGAUGCUGCCUGGGAGGCCGAUUUGGUGCUCAGACAACAGAAGAUGGCUGAGAGAGAAAAGCGUUCCAUGGAGCAGCAGAGGAAGAAGAUGGAGAAGGAGGUUCAAAGGAUGAUGAAGAAGGACCAGAAGAUUGCGGUCAAGCUCUCGUAACAUGUUUUUUAUGGCACUCACCCCGUGAGCCGGAGGGCAAGAAAAGGAACACUUAGACAAACGUCAUCACUCUAUCCUCUAGUCAUCUCCACACGAAGAUCAACUCUACUCCACACAGCGGUCAUUUUUAAAAAUCUCUGUCCACCAGCCAUCAUUCGAGACAUGGCUUGGCCAGUGUGAUGUUUGUUCAAAGACGGUUGCAUUUAGCUUCCGGAAAGGCACGGCAUACCUGGGAUGUGUUCAUUAGGGCAC